CGCGUCUACGAAACACCUCCCCAUCCCGAUACGCGAUCUCCGUCCCACCACGCCGCCACCUGGCCGCGAUCACCACGCCGCUACAUAGGACGACGAUCGAGAUGCCGGCGGGUCGUCCUCUCCUCACGUUACGUCGAUCCCCUCCACCGGUUUUUUAAUCCCGCCCCCAUUUCUUUAUCCGGAUCGGGGAUCAUCGCCCUAUCAUUCUUCACCUGCCCCGGUGAUUGCACCGAUCGGGAGGGACACGACGAAUGGAAGCCGCGGCAGCAGCGCCUCGUUUGACCUACCGCUCUAUACUACUCUGAGCCCGUACGGGGGAUCGCUGGAUGCCCACGUUGCCCGUCCGUCCGUCCGUCCGUCCGUCCAUGGAGCGCAGGUCAAAAGAAAAGAAUAGUUCAACAGCCAGAUGGGGCCGUAGUUGCCGUGUUGCUGGGCUUGGAGGCACCUCCCCGUCUACGACAGGCCACCAAUGGAGACGCGCCCGGAGCGUAAUGGCGGUGCGUUCUUGAUCGACCGCGCGGCGGAGAUGGACGGCCCUUACGUCGCCGUCGUCGGCCAGGCGGGCGGCGGCGAGGGCGGCAGGGUCGGCGCCACCAACAUCGGGAGGCUGCGGCAGGGGAAGGCGGCCAGGGGCGGCGCCAACGUCACCUCCUGGCACCUCAGGGUGUUCGCCGUGGUGGUCGGGGUCAUGGGCUGCCUCCUGCUCGCCGCCUCCCUCGUCAUGUCCGCGCUUCACCAGGUGCAGUUCCGGAACGGCGCCAUCUCCGUCAACUUCAGGGGCCUCCAGGAGCUCAAGCAGAAUUUCGUCAGGAAGGAGCAGUCGGAGCAGAUAAUGCAUGAAAGACUUUUACAGAUGGCAACUUUGGCCACCUCCAAGAACGAGUCGGAUAGUGGAAAUUUCGCAUUAUGGGAGGAACCCUACAAACAGGCGCGCAAAUGGACGCCCUGCGCCGCCAAAUACACUUUGGAAGAAGAGCCUAGCGAGGACAACAAUGGCUUCAUUCUGGUCAGCGCAAACGGCGGCCUGAACCAGCAGCGUGUCGCCGUGUGCAAUGCUGUUGUCGUUGCAGCUCUGCUUAAUGCCACGCUUGUUCUCCCCCGGUUUCUUCACAGCAGCGUGUGGAAGGACAAAAGUCAGUUCGGUGACAUCUACCAGGAAGACUACUUCGUGAACUACAUGAAAGGCGAUGUGCUCAUCGUGAAAGAUUUACCGUCCCAUCUUCAGUCGCUGGAUCUCGAGGCAAUCGGUAGCCAAAUCACCGAUAACGACAUCUCCAAAGAGGCUGAACCAUCUGAAUUCAUCAGAACUGCGCUUCCCGUUCUUCAGAAAAAUGGUGUUGUUCAUUUCCUCGGGUUCGGCAACCGGCUCGGCUUCGACUCGGUGCCUGCCGAUCUGCAGAGGCUGCGAUGCAGAUGCAACUUCCACGCUCUCAAGUUCGCCCCGGAGAUCCAGAAGCUGGGCUCGCUGCUGGUCCAGCGGCUGCGGGGGGUGAGCGCGAUGCAGACGGAGAUGGACACGCAGCUCUUCGGAAGCAACAUGCUGGACCGGCCGUUCGGGGAUAAGAGCACCGACGACGCCGGCGGGCCGAGCAGGUACCUCGCCCUGCACUUGAGGUUCGAGGAGGACAUGGUCGCCUACUCCCUCUGCGAGUUCGGCGGCGGCGACGAGGAGAGGAGGGAGCUGCAGGCCUUCAGGGAGACCCACUUCCCGGCCCUUGUGGCGCGCCUCCGGAACACCACGGUGUCGCCGGAGGAGCUGCGGAGCCAGGGGAGGUGCCCGCUGACGCCUGAGGAGGCUGGGCUCAUCCUCGCCGCGCUCGGCUACGUCCGCGGGACGUUCAUCUACGUGGCCGGGUCGCAGAUAUACGGCGGCGCGACACGGCUGCGCCCUCUCACGCGGCUGUACCCGAACCUGGUCACCAAGGAGGACAUCCUCUCCUCCGACGAGCUCGCUCCGCUCAAGAACUUCUCCUCCCGGCUCGCGGCACUGGACUUCAUCGCGUGCGCCUCGUCGGACGUGUUCGCGGUGACGGACUCCGGCAGCCAGCUGUCGUCGCUCGUGUCGGGGCACCGCGUGUACCACGGCAGGGGCCGCGCGCCGACGCUGCACCCCAACCGGAAGCGGUACGCGCAGAUCCUCUCCGAGGAGGCCGGCAUCGAGUGGGCCGGGUUCCAGAAGAGGGUGAGGACCAUGGUGGACGAGUACAAGCGGGUCCGCGCCCGGCCCAGGGGCCGGACCGUCUACCGGCAGCCCAGGACGCCCGGGUGCAUGUGCAGGGCCGACGACGACGGCAGCGUCGACUUCUGAAUUUUCUGUUCGGCUGACACGAUGGCCAUUCUUCUUUUUUGCAGCUAAUUGUUCCGUUCUUUUGUGCAUAACUUAACUUGUAACAUGGCAGGUUCAGUUGAAAGGUAUAGAGUACAUACAGUUUGAUAGAUUGUAACAGAGGAGUUUUGCUGGGGAGAGUUGUACAGAAAGUGACAUCAUGCUUAAUUACGUCUUACGAAUAUUAUUUCCUUUGGAAUGGUA